UAGGAUUUUCUUUUGCGAAGUAUAUCUAUCAGUCUGUCGGUCUGGAUUCAAACCUCCCCCUCAUCUAUAUAAACAACUCUUGCUUCGGAGCUCGGUGAGCAGCACACAGGAUAAAGAAAUAUGGGCUCUACUGCAUUUGGUUGGCGACCACUGAGUGUGGGCAUUGUUGGUGGUGGGAUUGGGGGUCUUGCGGCUUCGAUUGCGCUGCGACGUGCGGGCCAUGAGGUGGUCAUCUACGAACGACAUGAUUUUGCGGGUGAGGUGGGUGCUUCGAUCUCUUGCGCGGCGAAUGGUACGCGGUGGUUGCAUGAAUGGGGGGUGGAUAUCGCCAAGGGGGACCCCGUCGUGCUGAAGAAGUUGAUCAACCGCGACUGGAAGACAGGAGAGCCGGUCAGUGUGUAUGACUUGGAUGAUUAUGAAGAGCGAUGGGGCUACGUCUACAACAUGUUCCAUCGGCAAUAUAUGCAUGCCAUGUUGAAGGACUGCGCGCUGCAGGAGGAAGGCGUCGGUGCUCCGGUCACGCUUAAGGUGAACCACAAGUGCAAGGACAUCGACCUAGAGAACGGUGUGAUAACCUUCGACCAUGGUGCAACUGUCCGCCACGAUCUUAUCGUGGGCGCUGAUGGAAUCGGAUCCGCUGUGCGAGGCAUUAUCGGCCUUCACCCCGAGAAGACACCUGCGGCAUCGAGCUGCUUGCAUGCCAACGUCCUCACCGAGGAUGCGGUCCGCCUGGGGCUGGUGGAUUAUUCCCAAGAUAGCGCCUUGGAAUACUGGGGCGGCCAGGAAGGCAAGUGGGAUAAGAUCGUUCUCUCGCCCUGCAACGGCGGGAAACUGCUGUCCUACUACUGCUUCUUCCCUCGCGAGAAAGGAGACUUCACGAGCCACACUUGGGGUGGAGAAGACCGUCCGGUCGAGGAGCUGCUCGCUCCCUACCCAGAAUUGGAUGAACAGGUCCGCUCUCAUUUGGCUAUCGGGAUAGAGAUUAGGCCAUGGCGCCUGUGGGUGCAUCAGCCAUACCAGUACAUCACGAAGAAUAUGGUCUGCCUUUUGGGUGACGCAGGACAUCCGAUGAUGCCCCAUCAGAGUCAGGGUGCCUGCAUGGCCAUUGAAGACGCCGCAGCCCUUGGACUAAUCUUCAGCAAGGCCUACUUCUCCGGUGAUGUUGCGGCAGCAUUGUCAGUCUAUCAGAAGGUGCGACUGCCUCGAGCUACCAGAGUCCAGGCAGCCUCAGCCAAGGCAGCAUAUAACAUCAAUGAGCGUAUCGGCUUCUCCAGCAACACUGACAUUCCAAACUACAAGGUUGAGGAUGAGCAGAAGAAGCUCACAAUCGAAGAGAUGAAUGCGUACGACAUGUACAUGGACAUCGAGGAAGUUCUGUCCCAAGAAAAUGGGUCUUCGUUCGACAAGGCGUUCAUCCGGGGUCUGCCUGUCGGGCUGAAGCUGUCAAAUGGAGUGGUCAUCGGAGAGCAAGUGUCCCGUCAGAUCCAUUUGUAAAAUGCUCAUUCCUGCGCUUCUUCCUCCCGUGCUUUGAGAUACCUCAUUUGCUUCUUGUAUAUGAUAAUGCUUUGUGAUUAUGCCGUGAAUCUGUCAUGUCA